UCGCUGAAGUCGCUCCUCCUCUGCCUCUCCGGCUUUGUACCCAGAGCUGAACCACGCCGCGGCUACCUCUUCCAGGAUACCGGGGCUUCUAAACAUCGGAAAAUGGCCCUCCACGUCCCCAAAGCUCCGGGCUUUGCCCAAAUGUUAAAGGACGGCGCCAAGCACUAUUCGGGGCUUGAAGAAGCAGUCUUUCGUAACAUCAGAGCAUGAAAGGAGCUCUCACAGACCACACGCACUGCCUAUGGGCCAAACGGAAUGAACAAAAUGGUCAUCAAUCACUUGAAGAAACUGUUUGUCACCAAUGACGCUGCGACAAUCCUCAGAGAGCUUGAGGUGCAACAUCCAGCAGCAAAAAUGAUUGUGAUGGCAUCCCAUAUGCAAGAGCAGGAGGUCGGAGACGGUACCAACUUUGUCCUGGUUUUUGCUGGAGCUCUGCUGGAGCUGGCUGAAGAGCUGCUCAGGAUGGGCUUGUCUGUGUCAGAGGUGAUUGAAGGCUACGAGAAGGCAUGUAAGAAGGCUCUGGAGAUCCUGCCAGACUGCGUAUGUUCUUCAGCCAAGAACCUCCACGAUGUUAAAGAGGCCACAUCUCUCAUCCGUACGGCAGUCAUGAGUAAACAGUAUGGCAAUGAAGACUUCCUUGCCAACCUCAUCGCGCAGGCCUGUGUAUCCAUCUUCCCCGAGUCCGGCAAUUUCAAUGUUGAUAACGUCAGAGUAUGCAAGAUUUUGGGUUGUGGUGUGACAGCAUCCUCCAUGCUCCAUGGCAUGGUUUUUAAGAAGGAGGCAGAGGGAGACAUCACAUCCGUUAAAGACGCCAAGAUUGCAGUAUUCUCCUGCCCCUUCGACUGCAUGGUGACAGAGACCAAGGGAACGGUGUUGAUAAAUAAUGCGCAGGAACUCAUGAACUUCAGUAAGGGAGAGGAGGAUAUGAUGGAGGCUCAGGUGAAGGCCAUCAAGGAGGCUGGUGCCAAUGUGGUGGUAACUGGGGGGAAAGUGGCCGACAUGGCACUGCACUACGCCAACAAAUACAAGCUCAUGGUGGUCAGGCUUAACAGCAAGUGGGACCUCAGGAGGUUAUGCAAGACUGUGGGAGCUGUUGCACUUCCCAGACUGACGGCUCCAACUCCAGAGGAGAUGGGUCACUGUGACAGUGUUUACCUGACAGAGGUGGGAGACACUCAGGUGGUCGUCUUCAAACACGAGAAAGAAGAUGGUGCCAUCUCAACGGUGGUGAUCAGAGGCUCCACUGACAACCUGAUGGACGACAUCGAGAGGGCCGUAGAUGAUGGAGUCAACACCUUCAAGGUUCUAGUCCGGGACAAGCGUCUGGUACCUGGAGCUGGAGCCACUGAGAUUGAGCUGGCCAAACAGAUCACCUCAUACGGAGAGUCUUGCCCUGGUCUGGAGCAGUAUGCCAUUAAGAAGUUUGCUGAAGCCUUCGAGGCUUUGCCACGUGCCCUGGCUGAGAACUCUGGUGUGAAGGGGAGCGAGCUCAUUUCUAAACUGUAUGCUGCGCAUCACAAGGGAAGCAAAAAUAUGGGCUUUGACAUCGAGGGAGACGGCAUUGCUUUGAAGGACAUGCUUGAAGGUGGCAUUCUGGAGCCGUACAUGGUCAAAUACUGGGGAAUCAAACUGGCCACCAACGCUGCCAUCACAGUCCUGAGAGUGGAUCAGAUCAUCAUGGCUAAGGCUGCAGGGGGACCCAAGGCUCCCAAGCAGAGAGGUCACUGGGACAAGGACGGUUGGGACGAAGAGCCUGAUAAUUUUGAAACUCAUCAUUAGAGGGCGCACACACACACCCUCUUUCAAUCAUCAUGGCCAAACCAGCAGGGGGACCCAAACCUCCCCAGGGCAUGAAGGACUUCGACGAGGAUGACUGAGUCUGAUGCUGUCCAGCUGAUGCUCCUUUCACCCCGAACGCUCCCACAUGGAUUCACCAACUUUUUCUACUUGUUUAUUUAAAGCUCAACUGUUUGGUUUAUUUUGUAAAAGUCACCAUACAUUGGUUAAAGUAACAUGUGAAAGUAAGAAGUACAGAUGCCUCUGUUUGCUUUUUAUGUUCUUACACCCAAAUAAAAGGCACUUGCGCUGUCA